AUGGCCGCCGCAAGCAUGGACGGCUUCAGGGACUUUUUUCAGCACAUCUGGAAAGUAUACUACCCUGAAUUUGAGCGACCGACUGUCGGUGAGUCGCAGGAGAGCAAGCCAGUGAAUCCACUUCCCCCCAAAGAAAAAGUGGCCACGGAUGGAGAAGACCUGCGUGAGGAGGACGUGAAGCAGGUCGGCGUGGCCAUUGCUGAGGCCACCUACUAUGUGUCGGGCUGGACAUGGUACAUCAUUAUGAUCGUCCUAUGGCUCGCCUAUUUUAUUUAUGCGCUGGACAAUCAGAUUUUUCCCACCAUGGUGAAUACCAUCCCUGGCGGUGUGCUCAAGGGCUCCAAUACUUCGACGGGCUACACGGCCUACACGACCCAGACACUCUUUUCGGCCAUCGCCAAGUUAGUCAUCGCCAAGAUGGCCGAUAUUUUUGGUCGUUUCACUGCCUUGUGUAUCACGGUGUUCUGCUACGUCCUGGGCUUCCUGAUCAUGGCCGUGUCGCAGACACCGGCCGACUACACGGGUGGCGCGGUGUUUUAUGGCAUCGGUAAUUCAGGCGUCCAAAUGGUCAUCUGGACCGUGAUUGCCGACUUUGUGUCGGCCCGCUUCCGUCUGCUUGCGCUGGGGUAUGUCGUGCUGCCGAUCUUCAUUACCUUUGUGGUUGGCAGCAAGGUACUGGACGGCCUGAUGAGCAACCACUGGCGCUGGUUGCCGGGCAUGUUCUGCAUCCUGGUGCCUGUGGUACUCGUCCCGCUCAUGGUGAUCCUGUGGCACCUGGAACGCAAGGCGCGCAAAAACAACAUGGUGCCGGUUCAUCCGUAUCUGCGCAAGGGCUUCUUCCAUGCUUGCUGGCAGCUGUUCCUGGACACCGACCUGGUAGGCCUGCUGCUGCUCGUCGGUGGCUUUGCCAUGAUUGUCGUCCCGCUGAUUCGUGCGGGGAUGUACCUGACGACCUACUCAACCCCCUGGGUCAUCGGCUGCUUGACGGUGGGCCCCAUCAUCCUGCUAAUCAUUCUCCCCCUGUACGAGGUGUUUGUUUCGCCACGGCCCUUUUUCCGUCGUACCUGGCUCAACUCGGAUAUUGUCAUUGCGAUGAUUAUUGCCUUCCUGGACAAUAUGGUAUUCUCAGCGAGUUUCCAGGUCGCCUACUACUGGAUUCGUGUCACGUAUGGCUUUGGCAUGGACCAGGUGGGCGAGGCCAACUACUUCACCAAUGCGGACAACCUGUCACUGACGCUCUUUGGUUUCUUGGUGGGCAUCUUGAUCGCCUAUACGCGCCGCUUCAAGUAUGUGCUGGUCAUCGGAUGCUGUCUGCGGCUGCUGGGCUACGGACUGAUGGUCGGCUACCGCCACGUUGGCACAUCGAUGGUACAGGCUGUGUGGCCCCAGAUCAUUCAGGGUAUGGGCGGCGCGUUUAUGGGUGAGAUUCUGACUCUCUCUGCGCAGAUCACUGUGCGCCACCAGGACGUGAGUAUGGUGACGGCCGUCGUCCUUACCCUCUUCACCCUGGGCAACUCGGUGGGCUUGGCCGUAUACCAGAGUAUUAUUACAGACAGGCUCCCGAAGAUGCUGGCCAGGUAUGCGCCUUUCCUCACGCCGUCGCAGUUGAGCAGCUUCGCCUUGCUGCCAACGAGCGCGUUCGAUACAUUCCCACAUGGCACACGUGAGGGCACGGCCAUUUCGACAGCGUACAACGAGGCAUCGAAAGACGUCUUGUACUUCUGCAUGGCCGUCUCUGCCUUCCUUAUUGUGGUCUCCCUGUUCGUGCGUGAUUGGUACCUGCCUCGAUCGCACAAUGUGGUAAGCGACGAGCUGCCGGAGAAGAGCGCUGUAACGCUGGACCCGCUAUUCGAAGAAGACAUGGAGACGGACUCGGGGAAGGUCGGGUCACCGGAGAGUACUGGGACGCCGGAGAAGAUCGGCAAAGAGACGCAAUGA